AUGCUGGGAAAUCCACUUCAUCCCCAGAAACUACAGGUGGAAAACACAAGGCAGUUUGAGGAUCAGCUUGUGUCCCUGAGGGACCAGCUUGAAUACAUGCCUGAGGUAAAGAAGGUCAGCACAACGCCAAAUUCUGUUACUAUUUACCUAGAAAAGCUAACCAACAUGGUGCAAACGUAUGCCAUAAACAUAGUCCAGAUUUUUAUGGUGAUGAAUCUGAAACCUGCUGUUGUCAAGGUGUUCGACUAUUAUUUCCCAGAGGAAAACUCGGUGACCAGUUACACAAUGAACUCUUCAUGUUCCUACACUUUUUUCUCUCUUGGAACCUUUACCAACUAUAAAACGUAUGGACUUGAUGGAGCAGUAUACUAUGUAACCCUAAUCCCAGCCGAGCUCCACUUCCCUUCCACAGAUCAGGUGUGUCUGCAUCUGGAAACCGACAAACCCAACAAUCUCACUAUCCAAGUUACAGUGACCCUUGAGGUCAAAGGUAACGUGAUUGAACUGUUUACGGGGACCAAUCCGACUACAAGCCCUCUUCAAUGCUAUAAUUUCAAGGUAGGAAUGGAGGUUGACAUGUUUGGUACCAUAGCAGAAGUAGAUGGUGACCUUGCAUCUUUUGAGAUCUUUUUGAAUGAUUGGCCUGGAGUUCCACCUCCCGAUGGAGGUUUAGAGGAAGUCGCCACUGUACGUAUUGUAGGAAAGGGAGAUGCUCAGUUUUCGCAGAGUAAAUAUGUUCUGAUACGUAGAAUAAGCAAUGGUGUUGUGGUCCAAACUGAUAAACCUACCUACCGGCCAAGCCAAACUGUUUUAUUCCGCAUUUUGACUCUAAAUGAAAAGUUCUUCACUGCAAAGAAUCAGUACCAUGUGGUGGAACUAAAGGAUUCUAAGAGUAACCGUAUUGCCCAGUGGCUGGAUAUCAAAACCAACUCAGGAAUUGUUGACCUGAGUUUUGACCUGACCUCUGAGCCUCUCCUCGGCACCUACACUAUUAAUGUGGAUAAUGGGCAGACUCUAAAAACCUUUAUUGUCCAGGAAGAAGUGCUGCCACGGUUUGAAGUGACCAUUGAAAAGCCAGUUGAAAUAUAUGUCCUGGAUUCCUUAUUCGAGCUGAAAGUCUGUAGCAGGUAUACGUAUGGAAAAGGAGUCAGUGGGUCUGUUGAAGUUCGUAUGUGUUACUCCACGUAUCGUCAGCCAGAUGAUAUUUGCAUCACCUCUGAAGGUCAAACAGACCUCAAUGGUUGCUUUUCAACAACUGUUGAAACACAAUUCUUCAGCCUUUCUGAGUUUGCUUAUUACAAUUACAAAUCAAUCAAGAUAAUUGCAGUUGUUGAAGAGGUUGGAACAGGGGUAAAGAUCUCAUCUGAUAAACAAAUUCCCAUUGCUUUCAAUGCUGGAACAUUAAAGUUUCAGGACAUGGAUACAUAUUAUAAAGUAGGGCAUCCAUAUAGUAUAACGUUGGUGGUGCUGAAUCGGGAUGGAAGUGCAGUCAAGUUUUUUAUAGCCUCUCUCCAAAUCAGUUUUGGGACCGAAACAGUUAUAAUGGAAGGUCAGACCAAUGACAUGGGGCAAAUUGUUUUCAUCCUGGACACCUCCAAAUGGACUGGAUCUGUCUCUCUGACCGGGUUUUAUAAAACACUGUAUGCAACGUACGGAAUCCCCAAGAGUCCUUUUUAUAAUCCAGUCUAUCAAACGGUGUAUCCAUAUUACAGUGAGGCACAGAGUUUCCUGAGGAUGGAUCCCAUAUUUAGUGUUAUUCUAUGUGAUAAACGAGUAAAUAUCAAAGUAACAUAUGAACUCAGCCUGAGGGAUCUAAGUCAAGACUCCAAAAGUGUUCAAUUUACCUAUAUUAUUAUUGGAAGAACUGGGAUUUUGGUAUCUGGUCAAAGAUCGAUUAUUCUUACCAAGACAAACCCUGUGAAAGGUGCCUUCUAUCUACCUAUCAUCUUCACAUCCGAUUUUGGUCCAGCACCAAAGAUGAUUGGUUAUAUUCUUCUGAAUAAUGGGACAAUGACCGCAGACAGACUGCGUUUCACGACAGAGACAUGCUUUCCCAACAAGGUGAACUUGAAAUUCCCAGUGAGAGAAGCGCUCCCAAAAACUUUACUCAAUUUACAUAUGGAAGCAUCGGCUGACUCAGUAUGUGGUCUACGAGUUGUGGACAAAAGUGUUCAAAUUUCUUACACUGAUCAGGAACUGACAGCUGACAAGGUGUACAGCCUGUUCCAAUUUUCUGAUCGCUCCGGAUAUGAUAGUAGAAUUGAUGAAAUUAAUUCAUUACCAUGCAUGAGACGUUACUCAUGGACAGUUGACGGCAUGCUGAAUGGGAAUACUCAGUUUACGGACAUCCUCAGUCUCUUCAGGGAUGUAGGAGUAAAGAUCCUGACAAAUGCUUUCAUUCAGAAGCCACCUGAAAGAACUAUGUGCCCCUUGCUACAAUUUAAACUUCCCGUCUUGAUGGCGCAAGAAGUCCUAGCUGUUGAUGCACCACAGAUCAAAUUUGACUCAAUUCCGGCUCCUGAAAAUAAUGUUCGGGAAGAUUUCCCUGAAACCUGGUUAUGGAAACUUAUGGUAAUUGGUAAAAUGGGAAAAGCAGACCUUAAUGUUACAGUACCGGACACCAUCACAGACUGGAGUGCAGGGAUAUUCUGUACCGGACCCUCUGGCUUUGGCCUUUCUGCACCUGCAUACGUCCGUGCUUUUCAGCCAUUCUUUGUGGAGAUGAGUCUGCCAUAUUCUGUGGUCCUGGGAGAGUUAUUCAAUCUCAAAGCUUCCGUUUUCAACUAUCUGGAUGACUGUAUAAAGGUACAAGUCUCCAUACCUAUCAGCCAGGAUUUGAAGGUGGACACAUGUCCUACAUGCCAGUAUUCCAGAUGCGUGUGUUCAAAUCGUAGCAUUAUCUUCAGUUGGAAUGUUACAGUCAAAGCUAUUGGUUUGGUGACACUCACAGUGAAAGCAGAGGUUGUGAACAGCACAGAACUCUGUGAGGGAAAGAAGAUCAUAAAGCCAGCUAAUGGAAACAUAGAUAUAGAGAAGAGACAACUUCUUGUGAAACCUGGAGGCAUCAGGAAGGAAAAGUCGCAAUCGUUCUUUUACUGUUUGAAAGGGUCAAGUGAAAAAAUACUGGGAUCAUUCUCUUUGCUUCUUCUUGACGUUGUUGUGGAAAAUUCUGUGAACGCCUAUAUAUAUGUCAUGGGUGACCUACUGGGCUCAUCGUUGCAGAAUUUGAACAACCUGCUGCAGAUGCCUUAUGGUUGUGGGGAGCAGAACAUGUUAACCACUUCUACCAUAGUAUACGUUUUACAAUAUCUGGAGGCCACAGGCCAGUUGACCCCUGAAGUGAGAUCACAAGCUACGAGCUACCUCCAGAGUGGGUAUCAACGAGAGCUAAAUUAUAAGCAUUCAGAUGGAUCAUAUAGUGCAUUUGGAGAGUCAGAUGGUGAGGGCAGUACUUGGCUUACUGCUUUUGUAGUGAAGUGUUUUUCCCAAGGGAAACUUUACAUAUUUAUUGAUGAAGAUCUAAUCAAUAAGGCUGUGACAUGGCUUGGAACACUGCAGCAGAAUGAUGGAUGUUUUAAGAGUGUGGGGAGAGUUAUUCACACACUCAUGAAGGGAGGUGUAGAGGAUGAUGUGUCUCUGUCUGGGUAUAUCACUGCUGCACUACUAGAAAUGGGAAUUCCUCAAAAUAACAUUAUCCUGGCCAAUGCGUUGAACUGCAUACGAAACAAAGUCCCUAAUCUGACAAAUCCUUACACUCAGGCCCUGCUGGCGUAUGCUUUCACGCUUGCCAAUGAUCUAGCAAAGAGGGCAAUUCUUCUGAACAAACUGUAUCAAGUGGCAAACUUGUCAGAUGACGAGACACACUGGGAGUACAAACUACAGUCUUCAGGAUCAAGAGGUGGAGCGUCAGCCAGUGUGGAGUUAAGCUCUUAUAUUCUACUGGCUUUGGUCUCAGGUUCUGAUGUGACUACAGAAGAUAUUGAGAAAGCAUCACGCAUUGUACGGUGGUUAAUCAAACAGCAAAACCCCAGUGGAGGCUUCUCAUCCACACAGGAUACAGUUGUGGCCAUUCAGGCACUGGCCAAAUACUUGCGGGUCACCUUUACGGACCAAAUGAAUGUGCUGGUGAAUGUGUCUGAUAAGAAAGGAUUUCAAAAACGGUUCCAAGUGAAUUCACAGAACCGUCUUUUACAGCAGAGUGAGACUCUGCCACAUGUACCAGGAGAAUAUUCUUUAAUUGUCACGGGCUAUGGUUGUGUCUACAUUAAGAGUGUCCUGAAAUACAACGUUUAUCCAAAAACCAGUCGCUCGACGUUUGACCUC